CGAUUUUUCGGGUGUCCUUCGGGAAGACUUGCAUAGUUCAUUGCGCCAAAGGAUCAUGUAUUUUGUAAACAAGUCUUAGCUCAUAGGACAUUCUGCAGAUCAAGAAUUCAUUAACCAAACAGAGAAUGCCAAAAGCAGCAAAAACAUCUUCUAAGAAACAUCAAAGGGAGACGAAAGAGUACAACACAAGAAUAAGGACAAGGACUAGAGGAAGUCUUCCGAAUACAGCUACAAACACCAACAGCCAGCCCCCGAGUUUGGUGAACGCUGCUGCCCAGGAGUGCGCCAGCUUGUCUCAACAUGCUGGGACCAAGAAUAAGAGAGUCCCUACAAUCUCGAGAGGUAGAGGGAGAUGGCAGUCUGGAGAAUAUUGCCUUGAAGUGUGCCAGACAAAAGUUGAAAAUCUUCACCAAGGAUACAGUAGAACAAUGGGCAGUCUGGGUCAUGAGACAAACUCAGGAGGAUCUAGCAAGAAAACAAAUUGUGAAAGAUAUGCUACAUCGGGCGGGAUGAAGCUUCGAGUUCGAGACAAUCCUCAGGCAUGUGGUGGAACUGUUGGGAGUUCUUGUAGACAUCCUAACAAAAAACAUUGUUUCAGAUGUAAGAAUUCUGCUUCCUCAUCUGUUGUGGCAUCAAAUACUAUGGGCAGGAGUGACAGCAUCAGAGGAACUCGUUCUGGCAACAAAACUGACACUGCUAGAGAAACAAAUCCUGCCAAUAGGUCUGACCGUGUCAGAGGAACAAAUACUAUGGGCAAGGCAGACCAUGUCAAAGGAACAAAUAGCUCGGUCUCUGAGAUAAUUGAUCUCACUGGAACAAACAGUGAUGAAGACAAUGAAUCAUUUCAUGAGAUAAUUGAUCUCACGGAAACGGACAGUGAUGAAGAUGGUGAAUCAUUUCAUGAGCUCAUGGAAGAAGAUCCUGAAGAUGUAGAUGAUGACUCAAUGGUCGUCCGUGUCUUUAGUUUCAUUGAUAGAAAGGCGGAGGAUUUAACAGAAGAGAUAGAAUUCACUCACCAAAGAUUUAACAGGGCAAGACGCAAUUUAGUACAGAAGUCAGAAGAAUUUUAUGACAUUUAUUCAAGUCUUGGAACUGAAACUCCUGGUAGAAAUGAGGAUGAGUUUUGCAAGAUUGUGAAACAGUUGAAAUGUUUUUCUGAUGGAACUGGUGUGAGCCUGGAAGGUAGCAGCAGUGAUCAGGUCCAUCCAGCUUGGACAAAAGACACCAGGGUAUGUGAAGGGGAUGGAGAUAGCAAGAACAUGGAUGUUGAACAAAUUGAACCUGAUACUAAAACACCAGAUCCAGUCAAGACAGAGACUAGCCAAACUGAUCCAAUAAGAGAAGAGACUGACAAUACUGAUGCUAUCAGUGCAGCAACUGGCACAACUCACCCAAUCAGAGCUGAGGCUGACAAAACUCAUCCAAUCAGUGCAGGGGAUGACAAAACUUAUCCAAUCAGUGCAGAGACUGGCACAACUCAUCCAAUCAGAGCUGAGGCUGACAAAACUCAUCCAAUCACGGCAGAGAGUUGCACAACUCUUCCAGUCAGAGCAGAGAGUGGCAAAACUCAUCCAGUCAGGGCAGAGUUUGGCAAAAGUGAUCCAAUCAGAGCAGAGGUAUGCAAAAGUGAUCCAAUCAGAGCAGAGGCUGUCACAACUGAUCCAAUCAGCAAAGAGAGUGGCAAAACUCAUCAACUCCAUGCAGAGACUGAUAAAACUCAUCCAAUCAGAACACAGACUGACAAAACUCAUCCAGCCAGAGCAGAGACUGGCAAAACUCAUCCAAUCAGUGCAGAGACUGGCACAACUCAUCCAAUCAGAGCUGAGGCUGACAAAACUCAUCCAAUCACGGCAGAGAGUUGCACAACUCUUCCAGUCAGAGCAGAGACUGGCACAACUCAUCCAGUCAGAGCAGAGAGUGACAAAACUGAUCCUAUCAGAGCAGAUGCUUGCACAACUCAUCCAAUAAGCACAGAGGCUGGCACAACUCAUCCAAUCAGUGCAGAAACUGUCACAAAUCAUCCAAUCAGUGCAGAGACUGGCACAAUUCAUCCAAUCAGUGCAGAGACUGGCACAAUUCAUCCAAUCAGAGAAGAGAUUGACACAAGCACUACAUUCCAAGAAGAGACUGAUAAAACUCAUCCAAUCAGAACACAGACUGGCACAAGUCAUCCAGCCAGAGCAGAGGCUGGCACAACUCAUCCAAUCAGUGCAGAGACUGGUUCAAUUCAUCCAAUCAGAGAAGAGACUGGCACUGGUGAUCCAUUGAGAGACAAGACUAAAAAGAAUUCUCAUAAGACUCCUACAUCUUUGAUCCAGUUUGAGCCUCAAGAUAUUUAUGAACACUCCAAACCAACAACUUUGUCAGAUAGUUUGUCUAUGGUUUAUCAUAGUAUGCAGGGCCUUCAUGGCAAGAGAAAACUUUCCUCAAGUGUCCAUGAAACUUAUGGAAAGAGCAAAAUACUAAAACUGACUGAUGUUUCUUCAAUUUCGUGUGACAUUGUGUCAAGGUCAUUAUGGAAUGAUUUUUGUAUCACGACCGAAUGCACUGAUGUAGAGCAUGUGUCCUGCAAGACAGCAGAGUGUGACACUUCUCCCAAACAAGAACCUGCAAUAUUUCCAUCAGAGACAGCUGGUACCAAAAGUGAUUGUGAAAGAAAAACAAAUACAGGGGCAGAGAAUGACUCCAAGAAAGAUAGCUCUACUGGGCCAGACAUUUACACAGUGGCUAAGAAUGACACUGGGAAACAUAAUACUGAUAUUAGGAUUGUUAUUUACCCUGGAAGAGAAGUCAUUACUGUGACCGACAUUGCCAGAGGAACAAAUACUGGGACCAAGACUGACACUGCUAGAGCAACAGAUUCUGCCAACAAGACCGACAGUGUCAAGGGAACAAAUUAUGUGACAAUGUCUGACACUGCUAGAGGAACUAAUACUGUGAGUAAGACUGACAGUGUCAGAGGAACAAACACUUUGGCCAAGGCUGACUCUGCAAGAGGAAAAUAUUCUGGCAACAAGACAGACAGUGUCGAAGGAACUCAUUCUGUCAACAGGACUGACAGUGUCAGAGGAACAAAUACUGUGGUCAAGACUGACAGUAUCAGAGGAACAAAUACUGUGGCCAAGACUGACAGUGUGAGGGGAACAAUUUCUUUGACCAAGACUGACAGUGUCACAGGAACAAAUACUGUGGCCAAGACUGACAGUGUCAAGGGAACAAUUUCUGUGGCCAAGACUGACAGUGUCAGACGAACAAAUACUAUGGCCAAGACUGAGAGUGUCAGAGGAACAAAUACUGUGGCCAAGUCGGACACUGCUAGAGGAACAAAUAUUGUGAGCAAGUCUGACAGUGUCAGGGGAACGAUUUCAGUAGUCAAGACUGACAGUGUCAGAGGAACAAAUUCUGUGGCCAAGACUGACAGUGUCAGAGGAACAAAUACUGUGGCCAAGACUGACAGUGUCAGGGGAACAAAUUCUUUGACCAAGACUGACAGUGACAGAGGCACAAAUACUGUGGCCAAGACCGACAGUGUCAGGGGAACAAUUUCUGUGGCCAAGACUGACAGUGUCAGAGGAACAAAUACUGUGGGUAAGACUGACAGUGUCAGGGGAACAAUUUCUUUGACCAAGACUGACAGUGUCAGAGGAACAAAUACUGUGGCCAAGACUGACAGUGUCAGGGGAACAAUUUCUUUGACCAAGACUGACAGCUUCAGAGGAACAAAUACUGUGGCCAAGACUGACAGUGUCAGAGGAACAAAUACUGUGGUCAAGACUGACAGUGUCAGAGGAACAAAUACUGUGGUCAAGACUGACAGUGUCAGAGGAACAAAUACUGUGGCCAAGUCGGACAGUGUCAGAGGAACAAAUACUGUGGCCAAGACUGACAGUGUCAGAGGAACAAAUACUGUGACCAAGACUGACAGUGUCAGAGGAACAAAUACUGUGGUCAAGACUGACAGUGUCAGAGGAACAAAUACUGUGGCCAAGUCGGACAGUGUCAGAGGAACAAAUACUGUGGCCAAGACUGACAGUGUCAGAGGAACAAAUACUGUGGCCAAGUCGGACAGUGUCAGAGGAACAAAUACUGUGGCCAAGUCGGACAGUGUCAGAGGAACAAAUACUGUGGCCAAGUCGGACACUGCAAGAGGAACAAAUACUGUGGCCAAGACUGACAGUAUCAGGGGAUCAAAUUCUGUGGACAAGACUAACAGUGUCAGAGGAUCAAAUUCUGUGGACAAGACUGACACUGCAAGAGGAAGAAAUUCUGUGACCAAGACUGACAGUAUCAGAGGAACAAAUUCUGCCAAGAAGACUGACAGUGUCAGAGGAACAAAUACCGUGAACAAGACUGACAGUGUCAGAGGAACAAAUUCUGCCAAGAAGACUGACAGUGUCAGAGAAACAAAUUCUGCCAACCAGACUGACAGUGUCAGGGGAACAAUUUCUGUGGCCAAGACUGACAGUGUCAGAGGAACAAAUACUGUGGCCAAGACUGGCAGUGUCAAGGGAACAAUUUCUGUGGCCAAGACUGACAGUGUCAGAGGAACAAAUACUGUGGCCAAGACUGACAGUGUCAGAGGAACAAAUUCUGCCAAGAAGACUGACAGUGUCAGAGGAACAAAUUCUGCCAACCAGACUGACAGUGUCAGGGGAACAGUUUCUGUGGCCAAGACCGACAGUGUCAGGGGGACAAAUACUGUGGCCAAGACUGACAGUGUCAGAGGAACAAAUACUGUGGCCAAGACUGACAGUGUCAGGGGAACAAUUUCUUUGACCAAGACUGACAGUGUCAGAGGAACAAAUACUGUGGCCAAGUCGGACAGUGUUAGAGGAACAAAUACUGUGGCCAAGACUGACAGUGUCAGGGGAUCAAAUUCUGUGGACAAGACUAACAGUGUCAGAGGAACAAAUACUGUGGCCAAGACUGACAGUGUCAGAGGAACAAAUACUGUGGCCAAGACUGACAGUGUCAGAGGAACAAAUACUGUGGCCAAGUCGGACAGUGUCAGAGGAACAAAUACUGUGGCCAAGACUGACAGUGUCAGGGGAUCAAAUUCUGUGGACAAGACUGACACUGCAAGAGGAACAAAUUCUGUGACCAAGACAGACAUUAUCAGAGGAACAAAUUCUGUGGGACUGACUCACAGUGUCAGAGGAACAAAUUCUGCCAAGAAGACUGACAGUGUCAGAGGAACAAAUUCUGCCAACCAGACUGACAGUGUCAGAGGAACAAACUCUUUCACCAAGUCAGACUCUGCAAGAGGAACAGAUACUGUGGCCAAGACGGACAGUGUUGGAGGAAUACAUGAGGUGGGGAGGACUGACCUAGAUCGCAGUGUUACUGUGGCCAACAAGGGAAGCAAAUCUGCAUGUGGGAACAUAUCUGGUGGUUCAUCCCAAGACCUUAAGUCCUGCAAAGACCCAGCUACAUGUGUACAAGAAAACACAAGACAGGGCAACAGGAACGUUAUGGAUAACCCAACACCUGCAAUACUUGUGUCUUCAGGUCUAAAUAAGUCAUUCCCUAUAUCAGAAUCCAGUUCGGACAAGACUAACUGUAUUACCAGUCAGUGUCCAUCAGAUCUGUCACAGCCACUUACAGGAAGAAAUUUAUUGAACAGGCUUCUGAAAGAGACACUAUUUUGCAGAACAACUUCUGUGGAUUUGCAAACAAAUGUCAUGUCUGACAUUUCCAAGAAUCUGGGAGUAGCAGCAGCAGCAUCUUUGCAUGAGCUGUUGAGACAAACACCAUCUACUACAGCCUCUUCACUGACUGAAGUCAAAAAGGAUGCCUCCAGGGCUGCUGUAACACAUGGUCCAGAGCAACCUCAAGACCCGAAGAAGGAUCAUCGUGUCAGACAAAUAUUGGCUACAAUUCAAAACUAUGAAACUAAGGUUAAGACUGAACCUUUGGAGUAUUUGUUGCCUUCACCUCCCAAAGGUGCUUUUUCAGAAAAGAACAUGUCUGAUUUGUCAGCAUCUCCCCUGACCCUAGCUGUAAAUUCACAGCUUACAAUCAAGGGGGAAACGUCUUUACCAACAACAACAGUAAAUGUAGCUCAAGAAUUAUCCGAGAUUAACUCUUAUUCGGUGUCACAUGGAUGCAGUUCGACACCAAAUCUGAAGACUGAAGUAUUUGCUUCUUCUGUGAACAUGGGACAGAUGUAUGACUCAAAUGACACUCUUAAUAUGCAAAACUCUACAUCUUAUGCUCAAAACAGAAGAAAUCAGGAUGGAAAAGAACCAUCAGGUUCUGCAUGUAAGACAUCCUCUUAUGGUUGGGCUGUCCCUCCAUCUACCACACACCAAGCUGGACAGUCUCAAGGAUCAAGUACAUCUGGUUCUGUACUUAAGCCUUCCUCUAAUGGUUGGGCUGUCCCUCCAUCUACCACACACCAAACUGGACUGUCUAAUGGAUCAAGCACAUCUGUCAGGAGGUCGGGGGAAAAUACAUGGCUGCCAAUCUAUGGAAAAAAUGAAGCUUCAGAAGUGUACCACUAUCCCCCAACACGUAAUCAAACAGACACACAGCCAUUUGGACAAGCACAAACUGGAGCACUCACAGAUAACCCAACACAGAUUGCUCAGUCUCAUUUUCAAAGUGGAGUACAUAGUGUUGAUGAAGGAAGACAUCUUUUGCGAAGUGUACCAGCAAACCCACCUAUUAUCCAAUCUCAAUCAAGAUCAAAUGAAAUUCAUCGGCAGACAGGAUUAUACCAGAGCCAUGUCUCCACACAUGCUGGAGAAAUAAACCAUGACAAGAAAUUACCCAGGGCAAGAUCUAGAUGGGAUCAGCAGUCACGUGUCACCAAUGCCAAAGGUUCACCUUUAGUUCCAAACCUAAAGACUCCAUCUUCACUUCCAGUUUCUGAAUUGUUCAAGCAGUUGAGUGCUGCAUCUAGGUGGGAUCAGCAGUCACGUGUGACCAAUGCUAAUGGUUCACCUCUACACCCAAACCUCAAGACUCCAUCUGCACCAGUUUCUAAACUUAACAAUCAGCCGUUUGCUUUAGGCUAUAGUGCAUGGCAUACAUUUGAUAACCAGGCUACCAAAGUCUUCUCAGUGUCAAACUCUCCAAUCCUGACUUCUUCCACCGCUCCAGUGAUGUCCUCAAGCCAGAAGUGUAUGCCUAACUCUAUAAUGAUCCCCUGUUCAAACUCUCCAAUCCUGACUUCUUCCACUGCUCCAAUGAUGUCCUCAAGCCAGAAGUGUAUGCCUAAGUCCAUAAUGAUCCCCUGGUCAAACUCUCCAAUCCUGACUUCUUCCACCGCUCCAGUGAUGUCCUCAAGCCAGCAGUGUAUGCCUAACCCUAUAAUGAUCCCCUGUUCAAACCCUCCAAUCCGGACUUCUUCCACCGCUCCAGUGAUGUCCUCAAGCCAGCAGUGUAUGCCUAAGUCCAUAAUGAUCCCCUGUUCAAACUCUCCAAUCCUGACUUCUUCCACCGCUGCAGUGAUGUCCUCAAGCCAGCAGUGUAUGCCUAAGUCCAUAAUGAUCCCCUGUUCAAACUCUCCAAUCCUGACUUCUUCCACUGCUCCAAUGAUGUCCUCAAGCCAGCAGUGUAUGCCUAACUCCAUAACGAUCCCCUGGUCAAACUCUCCAAUCCUGACUUCUUCCUCCGCUCCAGUGAUGUCCUCAAGCCAGAAGAGUAUAUCUAACGCUCUGCAACAAUCAGCAUCUGCAACCAACUUACCAGGGGAUUCAUCCAGUGUCACAAAUAUGAACACUUUACCAGGGACAGACUUUUAUUUCAAAGCUUUGUCCACAAUUCCGGUACUAUCCACAGUAACACAGUCAUCAUCCGUGUCAAACAUCCAAACCUAUUCUACAGGAGAGACAUCUUGUUUCAGCAAUAUGAACACUUCCCCAAUGUCAAGCCUUACAUUUCAGACCCUGCCUCCAGUGCAGCUGUUGCUCUCAACCCUGCAGACAGUACCUGCUCCUCACCCUUCAGGACCAUCAGGGAAGCCACCUCAGAUGUCGCCUUCAAGAAGACUUCCGAGCAUAGCAACGCUUCUUCCAAAUCCAUUGCCAUUGAUGUCCUGUCGCAUGUCAAAUCCUGAACACUCAUCAGUGGAUAUGGCAAAACCCCAACUUCGCUUAAGUCUGCUGCAGACACAACUAAACAGUCCCAUGUCUGUUAUUGGACCACAGGCAUUGAAUGUGAUGCUUCCUACGGUGGAAAAUCCAUGUCCCAACCAGCCAAACAGUCCCAUGUCUGUUAUUGGACCUCAUGCAUUGAAUGUGAUAUCUGGUUCAGUGGAAGAUUCAUGUCCCAACCAGGCUAACAGUCCGAUGUCUGUUAUUGGACCUCAUACAUUGAAUGUGAUACCUGGUACGGUAGAAAAUCCAUGUCCCAACCAAGCUAACAGUCCGAUGUCUGUUAUUGGACCACAUACAUUGAAUGUGAUGCCUCGUACAGUAGAAAAUCCAUGUCCCAACCAGCCAAACAGUCCGAUGUCUGUUAUUGGACCUCAGGCAUUGAAUGAGAUACCUGGUACAGUGGAAAAUUCUUGUCCAAACCAUCCAGACAAUUUUUGGGCAGUUAAACAACAGAUGUCAGGAAAUGUUAAUGAUCAACCUCUCCUGACAAGUAGCUUCUCUUCAAACAGGGAUCAAAUCAACACAUCAGAGAAUGGAAAAGUCAGGUUUACAAUUAAAAGACAUCAUAAAUCCCUUGAUCAGAACUCUUGGAAUGUUGGAGGUGCCUUCCCAAGUCAUCAAGGAGGAUUGUCACACAUGUGUACAGGUCAGAAAUGCCUUGAGAAAGGAAUAACACCAGAGGCCGGUAAAAGACUUUUGAUGGGUAAGAGAUGUCAAGACAGGAGUUUCAGAAAAACGAAAACUGUGUCUGAGACCUUUUCACAUUUAGAGGAACUUAAAACGAAGAGUUACAAACAAAAAUCAGAUGUUGAUUUGAAUAUCUUGGCAGGUGUUUCCAAUAAACCAGAGGUAAAAGUGGAAAUUGAAGACUCUUCUUCCCAUGAGGUUUCUGCCAAAGUUGGAACAGCAUCAGAACUUUUGAUACAGCCUGGGGUUUCUUCAGAAUUGUUAUCCCAAGAAAAGGUAAUUGAUGAUAAGGUAUCGGUUUCUGCUCCAGAAAGACGGCCAACAAUUCUAUGGGACAAAGAUGUUUCAGAUCAUGUAGGACCAACAUCAAAACAAAAUGAAAUGACAUUUUCACACAAAAUUCCAUUCCCUACUUCUGCAAGUGUUGCACCAAAGCAAACAGAAUCUGAUUUAUGUUCCACAGUCAAACAAGGAACAGUUUCCAGAGAAAAGUUCCCUGGUACUUUUUCAGUGAAUGUGAGAGUAGCAUCAUUGAAACAGAAAGACCAAGGUCGUUCUCAGGGAUCAAAUGUGUCCACACUGUUGAAACCAGUGUUAGAUUAUAAUAGCUGGGCUGCAUCAUUACUAAAGCAUCCAGUAGCCUCAACUUCAAAAGGUAAUGAUCUAAGUUCUCUACUGAAUGUCACAUCAACCUCUCCACCUUCCAGAGAACAGGAUUCCUUGUCAGCAGCAUCUCAAAGACCAACUGCUGGUUCUGCAGGAGAGCCAGCAUCAAGAGGGUGUUCUCUAUCACAGCAGCGCCAAAAUUCUGAUGAAACUGGAGUACUAACUUCAAUUCAUGUGCAGGACAUAGCUGACCCAGGUUCAAAAAUAUAUUACAGGUGCUCUCUAUUACAUGAUGGUGACAAUUCAGCUGAAAUUGGUCCAGCAUCUGAAAGGAAGAGCUGUGGUCCUUCUAAGGAAGUGCAAAAUGCUGGUGAUCAAGAAUUAUCAUCAAGAGUAAAUGACAGCUGGUUAUCUUCAUCCCAUGAUGUCCCGGAUUCCUUUGUUGUGGGAUCUACAAAGUCUCAACUGGAAGGCAGUUUGCCAUCAUUACAAGAUGAUGGUACUGUAGAUCCUACCCUUCCUGAAACCUUGGAUGGUGGACAGAAGCAUGAACAUUGUCCAUGUGAAGGUGAUGACAAUGAUGCUUCACAUGAGACAGCUGAAAACAACACUAAUUUUGAUGACAUAGAAACUGGCAGCAAAUGGGAAUAUGGUGAGUCAUGUGCAAGAGCUCAAUAUCGUCUCAGUAACAAUCGGAGGAUAAACAGAAGUGCUUUUGAACAAAUGCUGGUUAUAUUAUAUACCAAUAAAAAGCCAGGGUUGAUCUAUGUAAACAAUAAGGACAGGAAGGUGCCAUUUGCAUCUGAUGUUGGUGGUGAACUUGGCUUUAUUAGUCCAUGGGUAACUGUGAUGAAACCUGACUUGGACAACCAAGAAAUGAUUGAUGUUGAGACUGUGUUAGCUGAUGAGGACCUUCGGCAGAGUGAACAUGAGGUGGACGUCCGGAACACAGAGUGCCUGAAAGUGGAGUCGUCUACCUCAAACACUGCAGUGAAAUCUACACAACAGAUGCUCCAGGGUAAGACUGUUUCAAAUGGAACAAAGAAAAGAAAAAGAAAAUCCAUUGAUGACCUUAAAAAGAAAAGAUUUAAUAAAAAGUACAAAUCACAGCAAGAUGAUUUGUAUCGUUCUCCAUGUUACAACAGAAAACUUGCAUCAGAGCUUCCAAGAAGAUGUUCCAGAUCAUUUACAAGAAGAUCAGGAGGGAGGGAGAUCUCCUCAGAAGAGGACAGUAGCAGAGAACCUUGCAGUGUACCCAUUGACAGUAACCAAGAGUUCCAGAGACGUAGAAGUACCAGAUUAGUUAUCAAAGACAGCAUUAGUUCUCAGGACAAUGGAUGCAGUUGUGAUAGAUUGAUUAGACAGAGACGUUCUAGUGUUCAUUCAUGCUUUGCAUGUAGUAGAACAGACACACAUUGUACAGGAGAUGUCAAGAACAUCACAGACCCCUCCAACAGGUCCAGUGGAGGACACAGACGUCGAAGUACCAGAUUGAUUAUCAAAGAAAGUAUAGUUGAGGAGUGGGUGAGGACAACUGGAACACAAUUACAAAAAGAAGAAAUUGCCCCAAAUCCUUUAAAGGACUUGCCAUUUGAUGCAGAUGCCACUCCCUCCCAGACACGGAUGUUUUAUGUUUGUGGAUCUACUUGUGGAUUUUCGAGUCUCUACGGGGAUGAGCUCAAGAUGCAUGCUUCAGUCUGUACAUUACCUGGUGCAUUGGAUUGUCAUCAUUGUGGAUUUACAGCCAGUGAUGGAGAUGCUCUUGUUGCUCAUGUCCAUAACCACUCUGACAGGUAUGGAAAUCUGCAUGAGUGCAGCGUCCCAAAUUGCGAGUUUGAAACAAACGUGUUGCACUCGUACCAAACACAUGUUCAGGAACACCAUCCACUUGUCACAAGACAUGUAUGUAAUGAUUGCAAAAGUGUUUACAGCGAUAUGGAUGGCCUGAUCCAGCAUGUGCAUGACAACCUACUGCUCAUCGUGUGGUGUAAGUACUGUGAUGCAAUAGCUUGUGAGGAGAAGGUGAUUCUGGAUCACAUUGAGAAGGUGCAUCAAAAGUCUCUUGGGACUUGGACAAUGAAUGAAUUGCUUUGUGGUGAAAGAAAAUAUGUUGCGAAAUUAGUCACACAGCUGCAUGAGAAUCCAUCUGUUGGGGUGGGUAGUCUUCCUGGGAGCUUCAGUGACUGUUUUGAAACAUCAGAUGCCAGUGUAGAAGAUCAGGAUGUGGAUAUGGUUAGUUUCCUGUCAGAAGUGGAAAGUGACACUCUUCAGGAUUGUUUUGUGAGCAAUUCCACAGAAAGAAUCUUUCCACAGGAAGCUGGUGUGGCUUCUAAUGAAUCAAGCAGUGACGAUAAGAACAGAUUUCCAUCAUGGUAACACAGAUGUUGAUGGUGGUUCAUAAACAUCUGCAGUUGCCAGCAGUCCAGAAAAUACUUGUUCAAAGUAAACCUCAUACCUCUGAACUCAUCACAAGAAUACCCCAGCUGAUUCUUAGGCUACAACAACCAAGCCAGGGUGAUGUCACAGAGUGAUCUUAGUCCUUAGGCUACAACAACCUAGCCAGGGUGAUGUUACAGAGUGAUCUUAGUCUUAAGAUGAUCAUAACACUCAUACUUCUACAUAUACUUACAAUAGUCCUAGGCCUAAGGUCAUUUUGGGGGGUGGGCCUUAAGGGCAGUGGUCCACAUAGUGAUCUUAGUACUACGAUGAUCGUAACACCCAUACUUCUGCAUAGACUUACAAUAGUUGUAGGGCUAAGAUUGUUUUGGGGAGUGGGGCCCAGGGAUAUGUUCCACAAAGUGAUCUUUAUCCUACAAUGAUAAUAACACCCAUACUUCUGCAUAGACUUACAAUAGUUGUAGGGCUAAGAUUGUUUUGGGGAGUGGGGCCCAGGGAUAUGUUCCACAAAGUGAUCUUUAUCCUACAAUGAUAAUAACACCCAUACUUCUGCAUAGACUUACAAUA